AUGACUGCUGGAGUGCCCCCGAACUACUAUGCCAUUCUCGAGGUCUCUGAUACUGCGACCACUCAGCAAAUCCGAGAUGCCUACAAGCGUGCUGCCCUAAAGACGCACCCUGACCGCGUCUCUAAUGACUCCCCAGAGCGAGCCGAACGGACACGAAAGUUCCAGCUCGUCAACGACGCCUAUUACACACUGUCUGACCCUGUACGCCGUCGCGAGUAUGAUGCUCAGCGCAAACUCUUCAACACCAGCACCCCAUCAGAUCCCUUCGAGGACAUCCCUGAGACGGAAACUGAGGGUGGCGCCGCACCGCGACAGAGCCCUUAUUCCUGGGCAUGGAACUUCUUUACCAACCAAGGCCAAGCCCCUGCUCAGGAUCGUGAGCAAACCGAAGAUGCGCAGUUUAGUGAUGUGUUCGAGGAGAUGAUGCGCGAGGAGGGCAUGGCCGAGGGCAGGGAUAACCACCCCACGGGCAAGUUCUGGAGUAUGGUGGGUGGUGUUAGCGGCGGCGCUCUAGGGUUCAUCGUUGCCAAUGUGCCAGGUCUUGUAGCAGGAGCCGUUGCAGGGAACAGACUAGGUGCCGUCCGCGAUGCGAAGGGUAAGAGUGUCUACGCUGUCUUUCAGGAGCUUCCCCAGGACGACAAGUCAAGGCUGCUCAGUCAGUUGGCGGCCAAGGUCUUCAGUCAUGCUGUUGGUAUUUAA